CCCCCCUGCAUUCAAAACACGGCUUUGCUCAGUUUCUACUCUUCUCGUCAUCCUUCUAAAAGUCAAACAGCGUGGGCCAAUACACCAUCCCCCCCAGAGAUUAAAGGCCAUUAAAUUAAGAACAGAUAACACAGAGAGGGAGGUGUUUUUAUAUUAAACACGAGACUCAUGAGUUGUGGUUAGUUAAGAAGAAGCCCGUUUCCCACACGAAUUCUGACCUUUCCCGAUCCAGAGAGAGAGAGUGAUGGGUUUCUUCACCACAAAGCAGAUGGGAAAGUACAAGCUGGGACGCACCAUUGGGGAAGGGACUUUCGCCAAAGUAAAAAUGGCAGUCGACACUACCACCGGAACCUACGUGGCCAUCAAAAUCAUCGACAAGUCUUUGGUCGUCCACAAGGGUCUUCAGUCUCAGGUUAAGAGAGAGAUACAGACGAUGAAGCUCCUUCGCCACCCUCACAUCGUCCGGAUUCAUGAGGUGAUAGGCACCAAGACCAAGAUCUGUAUUGUCAUGGAACACGUCCCAGGUGGUCAGCUUUCCGACAAACUUGCUUACCGGAACAAGCUGAAAGAGUCGGAAGCAAGAAAGCUUUUCCACCAAUUGAUUGAUGCGGUUGAUUACUGCCAUAACAGAGGAGUUUAUCACAGAGAUCUUAAGCCACAAAACUUGCUACUAGAUGCUGAGGGUAAUCUGAAAGUGUCAGACUUUGGACUCAGUGCAGUGCCUACGUCAGGGGACAUGCUAUCUACAGCUUGUGGGUCGCCAUGUUAUUUAGCACCUGAGUUGCUUCUAAACAAGAGCUACAGCGGAGCAGCUGUUGAUGUCUGGUCUUGUGGAGUGAUCCUUUUUGAACUUCUCGCGGGUUAUCCUCCAUUUGAUGAUCAAGCUCUUGUGGUUCUGUAUAAAAAGAUACUCAGGGCCGACUUCACAUACCCACCAUGGUUCACCGAAAGCCACAUAAAACUAAUUUAUAGGAUCCUUGAUCCAAAUCCUCAAAAGCGUAUAACAAUACCUGAAAUCUUCCAAGACUCCUGGUUUAGGAUAAAUUAUGCUCCGACUUAUGGAUACGAAUGCCAAGAUAAAUUCUCUGCAGCUUACGAGUCAAAUCAGCAGGGAAAUGCUACAGAGAGAAAUGCACCUGCAUCAUCAAGUUUCAUAAAUGCAUUUCAGCUGAUAGCAAUGUCUAGCGAUCUCGAUUUGUCAGGUCUUUUCGAAGAACAGGAUGACAAGAAAUAUAGAAAAAGGCUAGGGUCCAAGCACACAGCACAAGAUACAAUCAAGAAAAUUGAAGCUGCAGCAACUGAUGUUAACCUGUCAGUUCAAAGAUUAAAACACUUCAAGAUGAAAAUUCACCAAAAAGAGAAGACAGUGAGAUCUCCUAGAUCUUGUUGUGACUUAUCAGCAGAGGUGAUUGAAGUAACUCCAACCAACUGUGUCAUAGAAAUAUCAAAAUCCGCAGGAGAGCUAACAAUGUUCGCUGAGGUACAAAUAAUAAUCCCUUCAAUUACACUAUCGUUUUAUAUUUGGUUAUUCACUCAGGUUGAUACUAGGCUUUUCAUGGACAGUUCUACCAAAGCUUGUCAAGUAUAUUAACAGAGCAAACAGAAACAUCGUCACGAGAACAUGACGACUAGCAAGUCACUUGGGCAGAAACUCAACAAAACUACCAAAAUAUAUUAUAGCACUACAGUUAUAAAACUUGUGGACUGUGGUCCCUUCCCAUCAGGCAAAUUCCACAGGGCAAAGACAGAGGAAAUAAAAAAGAAAAGAAAGGGGGCUUGGGGCUGAUCAUUAGCUGGAUAAUCAGAUUUACAUUCCCCACUUACCAGGUACAUAGAUCAUGAAGGAUCCUCAAUGAAAAUGAAGCGGUGCUUGAUAUAUAACAUGCAAGAGGCACUCCGCGGCAGCACAGUCACAUAGGAUCUAUGACAUCAAAGCAAAGCACCAAAAGAAAAAGCAAAUAUAGUUUGCCUCUGGUGUAAAAGUGAACAUUAGAUACCCUUGUAAUUGGUUUUGCCAAAAGAGUAGUAGUACACGACAAGUUCAAACA